AAACCAUGACAAGGCAACCUCUGAAUCUGUUGGACCAUUUGCAUCAAACUAUCCUCCAAUUUCUAAAUCCCUUCACAGCUUCUUUAUCACAGGCACGUCAAGCCCAUGCCCAGAUACUCAAGACUGGCCUCUCCAGUGAUACCAAUCUCACCACCAAGCUCCUCUCUCUCUACGCCAACAAUCUCUGUUUUGACGACGCAAACUUCGUUCUCGAUUCGAUUUCAGAGCCCAACUUGUUCUCCUACUCUACCCUCAUUCACGCUUUUGCAAAGCUCAACCAGUUUGGCCAUGCACUCGGUCUGUUUUCUCAAAUGCUAUCUCGAGGCCUCGUGCCGGAUAGUUUUCUCUUCCCUAGUGUCGUCAAAGCCUGCGCUGGACUUCCGGCUUCGAAAGCCGGGAAACAGGUUCAUGCCAUCGCGUCUGUAUCUGGGCUUGCUUCGGAUUCGUUUGUGCAGUCCUCUUUGGUACACAUGUAUAUUAAAUGUGACCAAAUAAGAGAUGCCCGCAAGCUUUUUGAUAGAGUGCCUCAACGGGAUGUGAUUAUUUGCAGUGCUUUGAUUUCUGGCUACUCUCGCCGUGGAUACGUAGAUGAGGCAAUGCAACUCUUAUCUGAGAUGAGGGGUAUGUGUUUGGAACCCAAUGUAGUCUUGUGGAAUGGGAUGAUUGCGGGUUUUAAUCAGAGUAAGUUAUAUGCCGAUACAGUUGCUGUGUUACAGAAGAUGCAUUCAGAAGGUUUUCAACCUGAUGGGUCUAGUAUUUCUAGUGCUCUUCCUGCUGUAGGACACUUGGAGGAUUUGGGCAUGGGGAUUCAGAUUCAUGGCUAUGUGGUCAAGCAGGGACUUGGGUCGGACAAGUGUGUCGUCAGUGCACUUAUUGAUAUGUAUGGAAAGUGUGCCUGCUCAUUUGAGACGUCACAAGUUUUUCAUGAAAUGGAUCAAAUGGAUGUUGGUGCUUGCAAUGCUCUAGUUACGGGGCUUUCCCGAAAUGGUCUUGUUGACAAUGCACUGAAGGUAUUCAGGCAAUUUAAGGACCAAGGGAUGGAACUGAAUAUUGUGUCUUGGACAUCCAUAAUUGCUAGUUGUUCCCAAAAUGGGAAGGAUAUGGAGGCUUUGGAGCUUUUUAGAGAGAUGCAGGUUGAGGGUGUGGAGCCAAACUCUGUGACCAUCCCUUGCUUGCUUCCAGCUUGUGGCAAUAUUGCAGCCUUGAUGCAUGGGAAGGCGGCCCACUGUUUUUCCCUCAGGAGGGGGAUCUCUAAUGAUGUGUAUGUGGGUAGUUCAUUGAUUGAUAUGUACGCAAAAUGCGGAAAAAUCCGUUUGUCUCGGCUUUGUUUUGAUGAAAUGCCCACCAGAAAUUUGGUUUGCUGGAAUGCUGUUAUGGGCGGAUAUGCAAUGCAUGGAAAGGCUAAUGAAACUAUGGAGGUGUUCCGUUUGAUGCAGAGGAGUGGUCAGAAGCCUGAUUUUAUCAGUUUUACCUGUGUAUUGUCUGCGUGCAGCCAGAAAGGUUUAACAGACGAAGGAUGGUAUUAUUUUAAUAGCAUGUCAAGGGAACAUGGUCUAGAAGCUAGAGUGGAGCAUUAUGCUUGUAUGGUGACACUUCUUAGUCGUUCUGGAAAACUUGAAGAAGCUUAUUCCAUGAUCAAGCAAAUGCCAUUUGAACCAGAUGCUUGUGUUUGGGGAGCUUUACUGAGUUCUUGUAGAGUUCACAGUAAUGUGACUCUAGGCAAGUAUGUCGCAAAGAAGCUCUUCAAUUUGGAACCAAAAAAUCCUGGGAACUACAUUCUUCUGUCAAAUAUUUAUGCUUCCAAGGGCAUGUGGAGUGAAGUAGAUAAAGUGAGGGAUAAAAUGAAGAGUCUUGGUUUGAGGAAGAACCCUGGGUGCAGUUGGAUUGAAGUCAAGAAUAAAGUGCACAUGCUUCUUGCAGGAGACAAAGCGCAUCCUCAAAUGAACCAAAUUAUUGAGAAGUUGAAUGAAUUGAGCUCGGAGAUGAAGAAAUUAGGACACUUCCCCAAUACCCACUUUGUAUUGCAAGAUGUGGAGGAACAGGACAAGGAGCAGAUUUUGUGUGGACACAGUGAAAAGUUGGCUGUGGUGUUAGGGCUUCUGAACACUCCUCCAGGGUCUUCCCUUAGGGUAAUUAAGAACCUCAGGAUCUGUGGUGAUUGCCAUGCUGUUAUAAAAUUCAUCUCCAGCUUUGAAGGAAGAGAGAUUUCAGUCAGAGACACUAAUCUCUUUCAUCAUUUUAAAGAUGGAGUUUGUUCUUGUGAGGAUUAUUGGUGAAUUAUCAGCAUGGCUGACUAGGGGCUUACUCUUCAAAAGAGUGAAGUUUAUUCUUCAAGCCAUUAAGUAUAGAGCACAUUGCUGAGACAAAGUAUGCAAUCACAGUGAACCUUAAGGUUUUGCUCCCUUUUUCUCUUGCCGUGCUAAAAGAAACCAAGCUUAUCACUAAUUUUGGCCUCAAAAUAUAAGGAUAAAAGGGGUGGAAAAUCCUCCUCUCUUGCACAUUGUGGAACUAGGACAGCAUACAAGAAUGGGAAGUUAUGGAUGAGUCUCAUUUUGAGCCUUAUUUUCAAGAAUGAUUGCAUCUCUUGGACAAUUUGGCAUAAAAAAGAGGCAGUGUGAUAACAUUAACAGUUACAGUAGUGUGAGGCAACAACUUAGGGCGGGCGUAAGAUUGUCGCAUGAUGUCGAAAAGGUAUUCUGCUGUCUUCUUGUUGGAUGGGCUGGGCUUGUUCCAAAGGUUCCUCAUCUCACAUGUCGAUAAAUUGCGCACAACCCUACUCGCAAUUCUUUAAUCAACAAGAUAAUAAUCUAAAGAGUUGUGUUUAGUUA